UUUCCCAAAAAACGCUCUGGGUAGAGUACGUGAUAGCGGAGCGAAAAUUUCCUGGGGAGAGAAAGAACCCUAGAUAGCCAGUUUUUUAGUGCUCCCUUCCGAAACAAUAACGAAGAGAAUAAUUGCCGUCUUUCUCCAUCUUUUGUUGUUUUCAUUUUUCUUCUCUCCUUUUUUUCGACAAAUCACUGUGGCUGUUCAUUUAAUUCUGUUAAUGUUUCGGUAGCUCCUCUGUUUUAGAUUUUCUGUUUGGCUGUUUUCAGGCGACGAAGCGAGUUAGGGGUCGAGUAGAGCAUUUGUUUUGGGGAGUCUAAUCUCACCGUGUAUCUUCGUCGGUUUCUUUUUACGUCUCAGUUUCUUCUCCGCUUAUGAUGGGUUUUGUGUUCUGAAAUUAGGGUUUCUCAUAUAUCUACUCUUUUCCCUCCAUACGCCAAGUGUGACCCUUGCGCUUGCAACAAAACUGUCAUUGUUAGUGAAGGUGAGUUGUAUUUGGAUAUAAUGUCCUCAAGAUAUCCAGUUCUUGACAAUCGACCCAUUGAUCAGUGGAAGGUUACAGAGCUGAAAGAGGAGCUGAAGAGAAGGAAACUGCCAAUUAAAGGUUUGAAAGAUGAUUUGAUUAGGCGUUUGGAUGAAGACAUUAGCAGGGAGGCUGCUGAGGCCGCCGAGGCUGCUGAGGCAUCUGAAAAGGAUGAUGCCGAUGGAGCUGAUCUUGAUCCUCAACCAGUAGGUGGGGCAGAAGAGCCACAGACUGGGACUCUAGUUGCAGAAGUAGUUAAUACAAUUGAAACAGGAAGUAAUGAAGCAGUUGAAACUGCUGGAAGGGGAAAUAUUGGUAUAACUGAGCCAAUUGAAAGGGAGACCAAUGAAAAGAUUACUGAGGUCGUGGAUAUUGAUUGCAACGAGAAUGAAAAACUGGAUGGUGUUUCCACCCCAAUUGAUGCAAGGGGAAAUAUUGGUAUAACUGAGCCAAUUGAAAGGGAGACCAAUGAAAAGAUUACUGAGGUUGGGGGUAUUGAUUGCAACGAGAAUGAAAAACUGGACGGUGUUUCCACCCCAAUUGAUGCCAAUGUUAGUGCGCCAGUCAUGGAUCAAGAAGAAGUUGAACAUAAGGGCUUGCCUACUGGUGGAGGAUCUAAGAGUGGGGAUGAGGAGCAAGUCAUUCCUGGUUCUACUGUGGAGCCUAGUAUUACUGUCAGUGGGAGUGUCUUAACAGAAGUAGUGGCUAGUGGUCAGGAUUCUUAUAGCACAGAAACACAGAAGGAGAAUGGGGAUUCGGCAACCAAGCUGGAGAAUGAGGUGUCAAAUGCUCGGCUAGAGUAUGAAGAUCAGAAAUCUCAGCUGGAUUGUGACAAAGAGCCCCAAAGCAUGGAUCUUAUGGCGCCCUCUUCUGCUCCAAAAAAUCAGGUAUCUGAGGUCAACCCUAGUUUAGGGUCUCAAGUAAAAUCUGAUUCUAUUUCUAGUGAUUCUGUGUCAAUUAAUGAAAAGAAUGAACUAAAGGAUAAUAUAAUUGCUGAUAAUGUUAAAUUAGAACAAGAUAAUGUUAGGCCAGAGGUGUUGGAAUCAUCAUCCAACAAUUUUGUCCCUGUUUAUGAUGAGACACAUCCUAUGGAUGUUGGAGACCCACACGAGAAAAAGACAUCCCCUGAAGAGAAGAGCGAUAAUAUUACCAGUUCAGACUUAAACAAGACCAAUGGCAUUGAAGAUGUUGGGUAUCUAGAAAAGUUAAACUUAGACAGAAGUUCUGGCGAAGAUUCCAUGGAAGAGGAUUUGCCGGAGAGUAAGCAAUUUGAUUCUAAGUUACAUGAUAUGGAACUUAGAAACAAGAGGGAGAAUAGUGAAGUGAAGGAGGAAAGUGAUAGUAAAGUUGUAGGAGGUGUUGUAUCUGCAGGAAAAAGUUUUACCCACCAAGACAGUGAUAUUCAUCCUCCUGCCUCUGUUGAAAAAAGAAAAUUUACUGAUCAUGCAUUACCUGGCAAUAAUGAGCCUGCUAAAAGGCUACGCAGGUGGAACACUGAUGUUGUCAAAGGUCCAGCUCCACAAAGCACCGGUCUCACUUCUGCUACUACUCCCAAGGAUGAACCGGUUGUUUUGAAGCGCAACUUCUCUCUGUCUAAUUCUUCAGCAGUUGACGAACCACCAAAGGAGCGCAUUGUUCCACCACCACAAAGGUCCCCAACUAAUUCCCUAAGAAUUGAUCGGUUCCUUCGUCCAUUUACUCUGAAAGCUGUGCAUGAGCUUCUUGGUAAGACUGGAAAAGUUGCCAGUUUCUGGAUGGAUCAGAUCAAGACCCAUUGCUAUGUCACUUACUCAUCAGUGGACGAAGCCAUUGAGACUCGGAAUGCUGUGUAUAACCUCCAAUGGCCGCCUAAUGGCGGGCGCCUCUUGGUUGCUGAGUUUGUUGAACCUGAAGAAGUGAAAAUGAAGGUAGAGGCUCCUCCUGUUCAGGCUGCCUCUGUCAGUAGUGGCCCUGUAGUUCCUCCCACCCCACCUACCUCACAGCCAGAGCCUUCCCCCCGUCGGCACCAGGAGCAGCGGCCAGUUCCUGUUACUCUUCCCCCUCCACCACCUUUGUCAAAACCACCAGCGGCAGCUAGAGAACGGCUUCCAUCCCCACCACCCCUUCCAGAAAAAGUUGACCCACCUAUUGUUACUCUGGAUGAUCUCUUUCGCAAGACCAAAGCAACUCCUCGUAUAUACUAUUUACCUUUAUCUGAGGAGCAAGUUGCCGCAAAACUUGAAGCUCAGGGUAAAACUACUAAGCAGUAGGAAGAAUUCUCCCCUUGCUGCUUUUGAUGAGAUGCUUUUCCUUGGCCAUUGUUCUAGUUGAUGGCAUGGAAAGUACAUUUGUGGCUGUAUGUUGGCUGCUUUGCAGGUUUAUCUUGGGAGGGAAUUGGGAUUUGCCAGUGCUAGUAUCUGUAUUUGGCUUUUGAUGGAUUUGGAGUUUUCCCAGUUGAUCUAUUUGUUGAACUUAUAUACAUCCAGUGUUGGAACCAGCAAAAACCAAGAGCUUGUUGAUCUUGAUUCCGUAGAUUUUUCAUUUGGCUUGAA